AUGGCAAAACGCAAAGUCAUUGUUGACGAAGAGGAGGAAGAGGUUCUGGAUGCUUUAUCUCAGCACUCUAAGCGUGCCAGGACUAUUGAUAGCGAUGAUGAGGUCGUUGUUGACCGGUCGCGACACCGCAAUAGGAAGCCUGGUAAUAGCAACGGCAAGGCGCGUCAGGAGGAUAGCGACGAAGAUGAAGAAGACGAAGAAGAUCUAACCCAGGAGGAGCACGACGAGGAAGAAGAGCAACGCUUUGAGGAACUCAAUGGCGAGGCCAUUCGCCAGCGCCUCGAGCAGAAGCGCAAUACCUUUGGUGGUAUUGCAGAGCAUGGAAUCAUCGAGUCCAUAGAAAUGCACCACUUCAUGUGCCACAAACGACUAACUUUCACGUUUGGACCUCAGAUUAAUUUCAUUAUCGGCCACAAUGGAAGCGGAAAGAGUGCUGUCCUGUCCGCGAUCACAAUCGCACUUGGAGGAAAAGCAAACUCGACAGGACGCGGCAGCGGCCUGAAAUCUUUUAUUCGUGAAGGUCAACAGAUAUCAGAAAUCACCAUUUCGCUCAAGAACCAGGGCGAGGAAGCAUAUAAACCUAAAGAAUACGGAAAGAGCAUUGUCAUUACGCGUAAAUUCACCAAGGACGGAUCUUCUUCGUGGAAAAUCAAGAGUAAGGACGGCAAGGUUGUAUCCACAAAGAGGGAUGAGCUUUCAGCCAUCUGUGAUCAUAUGAACAUACAAGUCGAUAACCCCAUGAAUGUCCUUAGUCAAGAUGCUGCUAGGCAAUUUUUAAGUGCUUCCCAUCCCUCCGAUAAAUACAAGUUCUUCCUACGAGGUACCCAGCUAUCGCAGCUUUCCGAGGAAUAUGACGCUUGCCUUGAUAAUAUCAACCAGACCAAGAAGGUGCUACACCAGAAAAAGCAAGUUCUCCCCGACCUACGCGCCACAUUCAAGGAGGCGAGCGUACGCUUUGAAGAAGCAAGCAAGGCACGAGAGCAGCGCUGCAAGGUUGAUGAGCUCAAGAAAGAGCUUGCCUGGGCUCACGUCGCAGCGAAACAAGCGGAAAUGGAGGCGAAGCUUGGGGAAGUUGCGAAGGCGGAACGCCGCUUGCCCAAGAUCGAGGCUGAGAUGAAAACAGCUGAGUCCCAAUUCCAACUUGCCUCCGAUGCUGUAGAACAAUUCGACAAGGAGCAUUCCGCACUUGGCGAUAUUGAUCACCUCACCAAGCAGCGCGACGAUCUGCAAGAGAAAAUGCGCAGCAACAGGGUAAAGAUAGGAAACUUCAAGAAUGACGAGAAACAAAUGAACACUUCUCUUAACUCUCUCAAUGAUGCCAUCGAGACCUACACGAGAAAUAUUGCUGAAGAAGAGCGUCGUCUCGCUGCAGACACACAAGUAAAACGAGACGAGUUUAACCGAAGGCUGGAGUCCGCUAGAACAGAUGUCACGAACGCCGAUCAGGCGCACAAGGACUUCCUUGAAGCUAAGCGUCAAAAAUUGGCUGAGCAGGAUGGCAUCAAGCACAGGGGACUCGCCGCCGAAGCCAAGAAGAACGGCGCACAGGAGCGUGUUGUUGCGGCACAGAGUAUGAUUUCUCAGUGCAAGGAGAAAGGACAGAACGCACUUGCUCCGUACGGCCGAGACAUCAAGGGUGUCCUCGACCAGGUUGCGAAAAUGAGGUGGCAUGGGGACGUGCCUGUUGGUCCGCUUGGGAUUCAUGUCAAGCUGAAGGACAUGGCGUGGGCAGAUUUGAUGAGAAUUCAGCUGGGAGGCCUGAUGAGUGCGUUUGCGAUCACCGAUGCCAGGGACAGACCACAACUCAAGAGGUUACUUGAUCAGACGAAGAACUCUCACGUUAAUAUCAUCAUAUCCGAGCGCGACAUGUUCGACUUCAGCGCAGGGGAGCCACCCAAUCACAUUCCCACUGUCCUUCGGGUCCUGGAGAUCACGGACCCUUACGUCCUCCGUCUGUUAAUCAACCAAGCAAAUAUCGAGCGUACAGUAGUUGCGCCCAAGCGUCUUGAUGCUGACAACAUCCUGAAACGAAUGAAUGGAGGAGGUGUAGCGUGGGCAGCCGAUUACAUGCGUGUCCAUCGAUAUGCCGAGGGAGGUGGUCAGUCGAUCAAAUUGCAUAGGCUUCUUCCAAAUGACCCCCGCAACAUGAUGUUCACGUCGAGUGACUCUGCCUCUGUGCUUAGCACUUGGCAAGAGAACUUGCGGAAUGCAGAAGGCGAAUGUAAGGCUGCACAAGAAGAGGCUGCUCAGCUUAGACAGCAGUUCCAAACCCUGGGACGCGAAAUCAAUAGAAUGAAUGAACAAGAACGCUCUUUAUUCGAAGCCCACCGUGCUGCGAAACAAGAACUUGCUUCGCUUCAAGAGGAGGCAAAAGAAGAGAUGCCAGCUGAUAUCAUGGGAUUGCAGAGCGCGAAAGAUCCGAAGCGGAAAAAAACCUCGAUCAUGCAACAAUUCGAGGAUGCAGUUAGUAGAAGAAUGGCUAUCGAUCAAGAGCAGAGUACUUUACUUGUGGAGUUGAACAAAGUCAAAGCCCAGAUCCAUAACUUUGAAGAAGCACGUCAGGAAAUUCAGAAAAAGAUCGAGGACGCUGCCGCGAGCCGUCUUGAAGCCCAAAAUAACAAAAAUCACUACACAAAGAAGCUCGAGGACGAAAAGAAAAAGGUUGAAGCCAUCGAUGCCACUGCGAAACAGCUACAGGAGGAGUUCACAAACUGGACCACAAGUGCUGAGGAGUACUGCGAACGGGUUGAAAAUCCUCGCAAAGUCGAUGUAGUGGAGCGGACUCUCGAAUCCGUUCAGAAAGCACUCAAAGAACGGGAGCGCAGGCAUGGCGCAACGGUCGAGGAAAUGACGAUUGAGGUAAACAACGCGAAAGCUGUCCUAGACAGCGCAGAAAAGGAUCUAAAAAGUCUUGCUGCGCUGAAUAAUGCUCUGAAGAGGUCGCUUGUUAUUCGCUUAACCCGCUGGCAGGAAUUCCGGCGCCACAUUGCUCUUCGAUGCAAGGUUGUAUUCCAGUACCAUCUUUCCAAUCGUGGGUAUUUUGGAAAGAUUCUGUUCGACCAUGCCAACCAAACGCUCCAGCUGAAGGUUCAGACUGAUGAUCAAAUGGCCACGCAAGGGAGGGACAAAGAUCCCCGGUCACUGAGUGGCGGAGAAAAAUCAUUCUCCACGAUCUGUUUAUUGCUCUCACUUUGGGAUGCGAUUGGCUGCCCUCUUCGCUGCCUAGAUGAGUUCGAUGUUUUCAUGGAUGCUGUCAAUCGCCGCAUCAGCAUGAAAAUGAUGAUCGACACUGCCAAUGCUUCGGACAAGAAGCAGUAUAUCCUGAUUACGCCCCAAGAUAUGGGCAACAUCCAUGUCGGCCAAACAGUCCGUGUCCAUCGGAUGAGUGAUCCUGAGCGCGGGCAGGGCAUUCUGGCGUUCACUUAACAUUUGGAGGUUGUUUUCUCUCGUGUUUUCUCUGGUCUCAACAGGCGUAUUCACUGCAGAUGAUACAU